UCGGUCUGUCCGAGUGGACCACCUCCGGGUUGCACACACCGCCGUCGAGCCACAUACAUUGUCCGGAAACCUUCUUUGUCACAACGUCAACACUGCAUCGGCGAGGCAAUCAAGUUGCUCUGUCCACAUGGAUCCGUCGGCCCCUCUGGCAGUCGGCGUGAACACAUUGCUUACAUGCGAGUUCGUCCUCCCUGCAGCUCACAUGUGCACAGCAAUAACUCAUACGCCUGUAUCACUCAGCCGUUGCUACCGGGACAGUAGCUGGCGCAUAUGGACUGUUUAAGGGUUCGAGCCAAAUCGGGCCAAUGAUCACUGCUGCUGGUCUGAAUGGCGGCAUUGCGGGUGCUACUUUCUUCAGUUUUCGAGAAUACAUCGCUAGUCCCAUCCUCCUUUCUGCGCUGUCCGACACACACUACUCGAGACGAAUACGGGAGCUUCGGGAGCAACGGAGGGAGAGCACCCACUCCGGAGAGAGGCUCACUUGGUGGGAUGUGCGCAUGAAUAAGGUGCCUGAUACCGCCGUGAGCGGAGCCUUCACUGGCGGUGUGCUCAAUGCUUGGAAAAGAGGACGAGCUGGCAUCAUGCCCGGGGUCCUCACCGCGGGUCUUGCUUGCACUUUGUUCCAACUGCUCUACAACGAGCUGGACAUUGCAAGGAUCAAAUAUGUUUCGAGGAAACUGCAGACGCCCCAGGAGCCGACAUCUGCGUUGUCGCAGCAUGCAUCCUCAAUACCUCAGCCCGACAUAGAGCCACCACAAACCGUGGCCCAGCGGAUCUUCUCUGCGUUGGGAUGGCACAAAGUCUCUGACGAGGAAUACCUGGCGAAGCUCAAAUUCAAACGGGAGAUGUACCUGCAAAGAAUCGCCGAACUGGAAAAGGAGAAGCAGGAAGCAGAACACCAGAAGGGGUCACACGAAAAGCCAUAGUCAUAUCGUAUCACCUGGAUUUGGCUUAGCGUAUGUGUUGUGCUGUUCUACGAUCUAUUGCCUCUGUACUGACGUCCCACACCUCGACGACACCUUUACCAUCUGCGUCAACCCCCAAUAGCCAUAGUAUGCCCACUGAUGACU